UCUCGAGACCGUAAACAACAUGGCGCGUCACGAACCAGGAGAGUCUUAAAAACAACUCAGGGAAACAGCAGCGCUAAGCUUAUUGAACGUACAGGUAUAUAAACAUAUUUUUUUUGCAAACACUAUUUUCUGCUUAUUUAACGAGGUCUGCAGGAACAAACCAACGGAGUAAAAGAGCUGUCAAAGCGCUGUUACCAUUUAACUGACAAUCAGUCUAUGGGCUCUCAGUCCAGUUCUGGGAUGUCCGGUCGGGGCUCUGGCAACAACCCAGACCAGUCAGAACCAGAAGCCAACCAGAACGCCAAUCAGACGGGUCGCACACAGGCUGAGAGACAGUCAGGAUCUGAAGAGGACGUUGACUUAGCACAAGUUCUGGCGUACUUACUGCGGAGGGGCCAGGUACGUCUGGUCCAUGGAAGUGGAGCAACAGGCCUACAGCUUGUGCAGUCAUAUUCAGACUCUGACGAGGACAGCGAUGGGGCUUGGGAUGGGAGGUUAGGACAUCGAUAUGACCCUCCAGUGGAUGCUCAACCAGACACACAGGAGGUGGAUCGCAGCGAGAUCCACACUCAGAUCCUACUGGCUACUGCUUCCUCUGGCGUAAAGGGCAGACACAGUUUCACACAUAUGCUGGCUGAGCGGGAACAGGGACGAUGUCGUGGGUCAAGUUUCUCUCAUGGAGAGUGCAGCCGUAUUCGUUCACAUUUUUUGCCCAAUCAUGUGGUUUACAAGGACACUUAUCAGCAGAAAGUAUUUUGUGGAGUCUACAGUGAUGAGGGAAAUAUGUUCCUGUCUGCAUGCCAAGACCAGAAUAUCAGGUUAUAUGACACUAGUAGGGGUCGUUUUACUCUGAAGAAGACCGUGAAGGCCAGAGACGUGGGCUGGAGUAUUCUGGAUGUGUGUUUUACGCCUGAUGCACGAUGUGUGCUGUAUUCCAGUUGGUCAGACUACAUCCACGUGUGCAGUGUAGAUGGGGACAAUGAAACGCACACCGCUCUGGACCUCAAUCCUGAUGAACGGAGGUUCUGCGUUUUUUCACUGGCAGCAUCCACAGAUGGAAAAGAAAUCUUAGGCGGUGCAAACGAUGGCUGCCUUUAUGUGUUUGAUCGUGAGCAAAACAAAAGAACUCUAAAGAUUGACGCUCACGAGGAUGAUGUGAACGCAGUGGCAUUUGCAGACAGUUCAUCGCAGCUGCUGUUCUCAGGCAGUGAUGAUGCUCUGUGUAAAGUGUGGGACAGACGAACACUCAGAGAGGACAGACCACAGCCUGUGGGACAUCUGGCUGGACACAGAGAUGGAAUCACCUUCAUACACAGCAAGGGCGAUGCUCGGUACUUGAUCAGCAACUCCAAAGAUCAGACCAUUAAGCUGUGGGACGUGAGGAAGUUUUCACCGAAAGAGGGACUCGCGGCUUCACGACUCGCUGUCACACAACAGAACUGGGAUUAUCGCUGGCAGCAGGUUCCCCAGAGAGCACUGAAGAGGCAUAAGCUGACCGGUGACACCUCUGUGAUGACCUACAGGGGUCACGGGGUUCUGCACACGCUCAUCCGCUGCCGAUUCUCCCCUGAAUUCAGCACUGGACAGAAGUUUAUUUACACAGGCUGUUCAACGGGCAAAAUAGUCAUCUAUGAUGUGUUGACGGGAAGCGUUGUGUGCAAAUUGUCUAAUCAUGAUGCUUGUGUGAGGGACGUCAGCUGGCACCCGUAUAACAACAACAUGGUCAGCAGUUCGUGGGAUGGUGCCAUUCGUUUGUGGGAACACACACAGAACCACCUUCUGGACAAGGACAGAGAGAGGAUGAAUGUGGAUGUGGUGGAGAUGAAAAGAAAAGGCUAUUGAUGAUGUCAGAGGUAGAUGGUGUCAUAACUGGAGGAAUGGGAUAUUCGAGGGAUACUAUAAAAAGAGAACAAAUGUUGUGCAGAGAAUUACAUUGCUGUAGUGUUAGGCAAGAUCUUCAAGUGCUGUCUGUUUGAUUCCACUUUGCUCUGGCAGUAAAAAAAAAAACAUAAUUAAACUAAAAGGAUCGGUGACAUUUAGUUAAUGGACACAAGCUGGUUUGAUUUCUCUUUUACGCCUACUGUUACACCUCACUUUCAGCUCUGAGGUGAAUCUUAAAAUGCAGGUUUAAGCUUAAGCGAAAGACUUUUGAGUGUCUCUGCAUGAUUUCAGACAGGCACAAUACAACUGCUUUGCUUGAAAUAAAUACUGUAACAGUGUUGCUUUUCUAAAAAGAAGAAAGAAGCAAUACUUGUAUAAUGAAAUGCAGCAGAAAUAAGUUAGACAUAAAGAACAUGUUUCAAAGGAUUCCGGGAAUAAUUCUAAAUAUUGUAAAAUAUUUUAUUGAUAUUAAUGUCCAGGAUUUUGAUUUUGUAGCUCAAUGUAUAAAAUCUUUUUCUUUGUUAAAAGUUCGGAUGUUGAGUGAGUGAGUGAGUGAGUGAGUGAGUGAGUGAGGAGAUGUAGUCGUGGGUUUAUGGGUGUGGGUGAGAGUUUCUUUAUGUGUGUGUGCAAAUGUGUUUCUGUUGAUAUAAAAGUUUGAUUUUUGUCUGAUUUAAGUGCAUUUAGAAUUCACUGAAACACUCAUAAAUUUGUUUUACAAGAAUAAUUAAACUUAUGUGCACAACUUUGAA